AAACAAAGAUAUUAUACGCUGAAAAAAGAAUUCAAUUAAUCACACUGCACUAAUGCUUCCCUGCUUAUUAAUAUCCAUGUUGUACGUAAUAUGCAAUCUUGUGACAUAGUGUGCUCUCGAGUUGCUACAAUUUCAUCAUCAAAAAUUCAAGAAUCUCAAACUCUCAUAACAAAAAUUUCUAGUGUUUCCCUCUGUUCAUCAUAUACAGGAAUGGCAGAAAAAAUGCGGGAUUUCUACUCUCACAAACAUCCUUCGUCAUCCCAGGUGGUGGAGGAAAUCAAAGAGCUAUGGAAAAUGGUGCUUCCCAUCACUGCAAUGAACUUCCUCGUCUACGUGAGAGCUGUCGUCUCCGUCCUUUUCCUGGGGCGGCUCGGCAGCUUGGAGCUCGCUGGCGGCGCGCUGUCAAUCGGCUUCACCAACAUCACCGGCUACUCUGUUUUAGUCGGCUUAGCUUCGGGGCUGGAGCCGGUUUGCAGCCAAGCAUACGGCUCCAAGAAUUGGGACCUUCUCUUUCUCUCUCUACACCGCAUGAUCUUCAUCCUCCUCCUCGCGAUCAUCCCCAUUGGCUUGCUAUGGAUCAAUCUCGAGCCAAUCAUGCUUUUCAUGGGCCAAGACGGCGAGAUCACAUCGACGGCUGCGGUUUAUUGCCUCUACUCUCUCCCAGACCUUUUAACAAACACCUUGAUUCAGCCAUUGCGCGUUUAUUUGAGGUCGCAGGGGGUGACGAAGCCUCAAAUGUGGUGCACUUUGAUGGCGGUGCUGUUUCACGUGCCCUUGAAUUAUGCGUUGGUGGUGGCGGCGGGGCUGGGGGUGCGUGGGGUGGCGAUCGCCUCUGUUUUGACCAAUUUGCAUAUGAUGGUGCUGAUGAUGGGAUAUGUCUGUGUUUACGGAAGGUGGGAGUGGAAAUUGGGCGGCGGCGAUGGUGGUGGAAUUGGGGCUUUGCUGAAGCUCGCCGUGCCGAGCUGUCUGGGGAUUUGCUUGGAGUGGUGGUGGUACGAGAUCGUUACGGUGCUCGCCGGAUACUUGCCUAAUCCGAAGCUCGCGGUGGCCGCCACCGGCGUGAUGAUUCAGACCACUAGCCUUAUGUACACGGUUCCGAUGGCGCUGGCCGGCUGCGUAUCCGCUAGGGUAGGAAAUGAGCUGGGAGGUGGAAGACCGUACAAGGCCAAGCUGGCGGCAAUGGUGGCGCUGACGUGUGCGUUCGUUGUAGGGAUCAUCAACGUGGUUUGGACGGUGAUGUUUAGAGAGAGGUGGGGCGCUCUCUUUACCAAGGAUGAUAUGUUGAUUGCUCUGGUUGCAUCGGUCCUACCUAUUACCGGCGUCUGUGAGCUAGGGAAUUGCCCACAGACGACUGGUUGUGGCAUCCUAAGAGGCACGGCCAGGCCGGUCGUGGCUGCCAGGAUCAAUCUCGCCUCGUUUUACUUUGUGGGGACGCCUGUGGCCGUUGGGCUAGCCUUUUGGCUAUGCAUCGGGUUCCCCGGCUUGUGGCUAGGGUUGUUGUCGGCUCAAGUCGCGUGUGCCAUCUUGAUACUCUAUGUUGUGCUGCAUUGCACGGAUUGGGAAGAUGAAGCUGUCAAAGCUUGCAAACUUGCUUGCCUAGAAAUGAGAAGUAAGUGUAACCCUAAUGAAGAGAUCACAAGAGUAUUAGUUUUGGAGGAUUCAAAGAUGGAUGAUGUGUAAGUUGGUAAAGGUGAGAGAAUUAGUUGGAAAGUGGGGUGUUUUGCUAGAAUUGCAUUUGUACCAUCUCUUGUUUUUCCUAAUGUAAAUGUCAUGUUUGUGUAAA